AUGUUCUGGCAAGCCUACCAAAUGGACGCCGAUUCUGACGAAAAGGUUAUUGCAAAGUCAUGCGCAUCAGACAAGGAAACCCAGAGUGCUAAACUGGGUUCUCUCGUUGGUGGCCGAUGCAACUUCCGACAGUUUCUCUAUUACAUUGCAGACGGUGUAGAUGAGAAAGCGAAUAUUAAAAAGACUGCCUCAAACAUCGGGGAUGAAACGAACAUCGACAAACUUGCGAAUAACAUGUAUUCCAAAGAGAUCAAAGGGGCUUACAGGCCCGGACAAAUUUACGAAAAUGUUCCUAGCAAGAACGUGCCUCUGCUUUUCAAAUCUAUUUGCGAAUUUGUUGGAAUGAAGUCCAAUGACGAGAACAAUAAAUUGGUUCUCAAUGCGCGAUUCGCCCGCAACAGAGUGCAAGAAGGACGAGUCGCCGGUAGAAAUCGAGACGUGGGAUAUUUACUUCGCUGGGACUUCGACAAGGAUCAUCAGCCUUCCCAUAAUGGCGUGAAGUUUGACCCACGCAAACAAAAAACCCCCAGAGAUCUUGAAUGGGUCACUGAGGGGCUCGUUCCAGAGGUAAAGCAAGGAAGGGGAUGGGAAACUGUGGAUUUGCAGCAGGCGAAGGCCAACAUAUUAGCAGACCCGAGAUACAAGGGGCAAUCUCUCAAGAUAGCGAAAUACUUCACCGAGCUUCAUGAAAUCGAAAAGGAGCGCAAAGCGGAUGCAGAUUUGACGGGCCAUCAGCCAAAUAUUCAGGCUCUCAUGAAAGGGAAAAGGGGCAUGGCGACUGGUUCUUGUGAGAAGAAAAAAUGA